AUGUACGUGACGCUCGUCGUGCUUUCGAUCGCGGUCUUGGCGUGCGUCUACAUCAUCGCAUCGAGAGGGUAUGCCGAGGGCAUGAACAUGCUCGAGCUCAGUCGCGUCGGUGGCAUCGUCUGGGUCGGUCGCCCGCUGCUCUUUCUGCGAUCGCUUACCGCCAUGGCCGUGCUCUGCACCGGGUCGCUGGACCUCCAAGUGGUUGGCAGUAUGAGCUACCUUCACUCGACCGACGUGCCGUGGUACAAGACGUGUCUUGCGGCGAGCGAAGUCUCUUGGCUUGUCGCGAUUGUCAACGACGUCUUGAUGAUCUGGACCAAAGAGCACACAGCGCUCUACGUGACGCCCAACGGGCUUCUCGUGACAGGCGUGACGGCGCUGCUGAGUACGUUGUCGCCCGUGACGCACACGGCGUCACUCGGCCACACGUGUGCGAUUGCUGAAGUCGACUUUCAGAUGGUGUGCAGUGGCGGCGAGGUCGUCAUUGGUGUCUGGGAACGCGUCGCGCUGCUCGUGCUGCUGGUCGGCGUUCUGAACGUCGUGACGUUUGGGCUCAUGCGCUGGCUCGUGCGCAAGCCGCCAAAGAACCGCGCCGAGUCGCUCUUGCUCUACGCUGGCGCCAAGUAUCUCUUUCUGAGCACCAAGUGGAUUUACAAAGACGUCUACUACCUCGACCGCGCGUCUGCUGCGCUCAACGGGCUCGUGUCCGUGCGCUACAACGGGAUCUAUUACGGCCUCGACAUCAAAACGUGGCGGACGUUUACGCUCACACGACCCAACGUGGCAGAGAUACCGUCGACGCACGCACUGUUUACGCCGGCGAUGUACGCACUGCCGUUGGACAACUUGUCUGCGGUUGACCAAGCGAUCAAGAAGAGCCAACUUGUGCAUGUAAAAUCCAAGGCAACCUCGGGCACAAGUCGAGGCGCCACAUAAGAGCCAACUCGUGCCUCAUUCGGUGAUUGUUGAUCGAGGAUC